CUUUACCCCUGUCUUGGUGUUUAGCGGUAGGAGCCCUUUCUUUAUCGAUGUCUCCUCUGGUCCCGUAAAAUCCAGAAAAAGAGACUGUAAAUUUCGACUUUUUAAUUUUCUCUCUCUGGUCGCUUUUCUUUCUUCUGCGAAAGCUCUAUUUUUACUGUAUUUUUCUUUUUUUUUUUUAAUUUUCUCAUGGGUCUCGCGUUGAGCAACCGACACUUGUUCAAAUUUUAAUCCACUACGUUUCUUUCUCACACCUUCCCUGCCUUCCUCUGUAGGGUUAUGGAUUGAGAAACCUCUCCGGCAUCCCAUCUUGGUUUGAUUUCCAUAAAUCACUUGGAUUUUUGUAUAUUCUUUUUUCCGUGGUUUCGAAAAAUAGGGCAGAAGCUUCUGGAAAUUUACUAUUUCGAUCUUUUAUGCAUUAUUUGUGGUUUGUUGGGAGCUACAUUAUAGCAUCCAAAAAAGCAAGUGUUUUUGGUUGUUGUUUUUGUUGGAUUUUCUGCUGCUUGUGAGAGAUUGGGUUUUGAUGAUUCCUGGAACCCAUUUCGGUAGGUCUUUCCCUAAUUCUGAAGGCUUAGAUCGACCCACCAAAGUUUCCGUCUUGGAGCGACUCUCGAGUCCUUCCAUGAAUCGGACUUGUUAUUCCCAGUUGAAGUGAAAGAUCCCAUUUUGCGUCCUCCUUCCAAGGAGCUCACCCGAAAUGGCUUGUUGAUCUCAUGUUUCUUGCAAGAAAUUUUGCGUUUUUAUUGUCUCGUUUUGGACUCCCCGAAGAUCACCACUUGUGGGACUUUUCAUGCCAAAGAGCAGAGCUUUCCUUCUGAUUUAUCGAAAAAAUAGUCUUCUUUUGCGUCUGGGUUCCCCGACAAAUGGCCACGAAGGGAGAGAAAUCCCAUGGAGAUGUAGAAGCGGGGCCGCACCGCCCCGCUACGGAUGAUAGUGAUGAUAGCCUCUGCUUCUCGGAUGCAGAGGACCAAUCUUGGCAUUCGCCGUAUAAUUCAAACCGUGCUGGUUCAGCCUACGACGAGUACCGCUUCUCGGGUUCUUCCCAUCACGAGAUAGAUGGUGUUCCAGAGUCGUGCAGGAAAUCCUGCGCCUCGGACCGUUCGGUGGAGACCGAUUUGGAGAGUGGAAUUCCAGAGAUUAAGGCGAACAAGGAUAGAGUCGAGAAGGAUUGCAGGAUUUGUCAUCUCAGCUUGGAGGGCGCUGCUCCUGAGUCCGGCAUCCCGAUUGUACUGGGUUGUUCUUGCAAGGGUGAUUUGGGUGCUGCCCACAAGCAGUGUGCCGAGACAUGGUUUAAAAUCAAAGGCAACAAGACCUGUGAGAUUUGUGGCUCAACCGCACGGAACGUGGUUGGUUCAGGUGAGACUGAGUUCAUGGAGCAGUGGAAUGAAACAAGCAAUACUACAGCACCACCUGCACCACCAUCUGAAACUCGAAGCUUUUGGCAGGGGCAUCGGUUCCUUAAUUUCUUGCUUGCCUGCAUGGUUUUUGCAUUUGUCAUCUCCUGGCUCUUUCACUUCAAUGUUCCUGGUUAAUUCCCGAAAUAAAGUGCCAGGUUCCCAGGUUAUCAUAAAGAAUUCAUCUCUGUUGCUGAUAGGAACCCGUUGGCCAGAACCAUUCCAAACAAGCCGGAGAAGAUUAGGUGUGAUCGCCAGGAUGCAAGGCUCUGUUAUGAAUCUGUUGCUAGUGAAGACAAGGGCAGGUAGAAGAACAAGAUGCCUCCUAUUGGGAGUCGAAAGAUAUGCUUGUUUACUGUGAAUAGAGAAAAUGAUCGGGCUGCAGAAUUAGUUCUGCCUAUAAAGCUACCGGGAGUCGGAUCUUUGAUGCUGCUUAGUGUUCCACAGCCAUGUUGAUGUUUGUCUUAUUCUUCCAAUUAUGUCAUGUUUUCCUUGUUUCUCAUCCAGGCUUAUGUUGCAUUUGGAGUUUGAAUGUCCUCUCAGUUGCCUGAUUCCAAGCUUUGGAAAAUUAUGUCUGCAGUACCUGGUUAUAAUCAAACUGGAUGUUUUCAAACUGGUGGCUUUGAUCUAUAGAGUAUAUCAUGCAUGAGAGAGCUGAUUGCCUAAAA